AAAGAAAAAUCGGGGUGCUGGCACGCAGCAGUCUGCGGGCAUUUAAUGUUUCUUCUGCCCUGAAGGUGGAUGCCAGGAAUAUCGAUGGCAGCACCCCGCUCUGCGACGCCUGCGCCUCGGGGAGCAUCGAGUGCGUGAAGGUGCUGCUGUCCCACGGUGCCAAGGUGAACCCUCCCCUCUACACGGCGUCCCCCCUCCACGAAGCCUGCAUGAACGGUAGCUCGGAGUGCGUGCAGCUCCUCAUAGACGUCGGUGCCAACUUGGAGGCCCACGACUGCCAUUUUGGGACUCCCCUCCACGUGGCCUGCGCCAGGGAGCAUCUGGACUGCGUGAAGUUGCUGCUCAAGGCAGGGGCAAACGUGAACGCCGCUAAGCUCCACGAGACGGCCCUUCACCACGCAGCGAAAGUGAAAAACGUGGAUCUGGUGGAAAUGCUGAUUGAGUUCGGAGGAAACAUCUACGCAAGGGACAACCGAGGGAAGAAGCCGUCAGAUUAUACCUGGAGCAGCAGUCCCACAGCGAAGUGCUUCGAGUACUACGAAAAAACGCCCCUGAGCUUGUCGCAGCUCUGCAGAGUUACGGUGAGGAAGGCUGCCGGGCAGCGAGCGCUGGAGAAGAUUGCCAAGCUCAACAUCCCUCAGCGAUUAAUCCAGUACCUGUCCUACAACUGACAGGGCUGAAGGUGACCGGGAAGGACAAUGGCUUUAGCUCGCACAGCAUGAAGUAUCCGUCUCUUUCUCUUCUACCUCCCCACGAGAAAUGAAUCUUAAUUUCAGCAAAAA